CUUUUGUGUAUUUUUUUGAUUGUGUGAAAGAAAGAAAAAGAAAAAAAAAAAAGAGUGUGUGUGUGUUAUAUAUUUUCCUUUUUUUUUCUUUCCCUCUCUUAUUAUUUUUUUUCCCUCUCUCCUCAAUCUCAUGCUAUGGCAGAUAACAAUAACGACGAUAUAUUUAUGGAUACCUUACCGCAGUCAACCAAAUUUCAUCAACGAGUAACACAUUCUCUUUCGAUACGACCAUCCACUAGUAGUCAAUUACAUCGAAGUCAAUCAUUAGCUUUGGAAGAUAAAACUCGUCGUUUUAAUAUACGUUGGCGUCAACAAAGAACGAGUGAUGAUAUCACUAUUACCAAACCUACUAACAUUUUUGAUAAAGAAUUACCUCGUGUACCUUCCUCUCAUCGAUUAUCACCUAUGGAUCGUCUUGCAUCCUCUUCUUCUUCUUCUCCUCCUACAUUAAGGGAAUUCUAUACAUGGAUUAGUGAUUAUUUGACUCCGCUAACCAAGGCGAAUCAUAUUAUUUCAAUUACUAAACUCGGGUUGGCAAAGGAUUGUUUAUUUCAUUUACUGGAUAAUGUCGAUGAUGAAACAUUUGAAUCCAAGUUCACAUUGAGGGACCAGUUACAAGCGAUUAAAAUUCCCACUCCACCUUCCUCAUUCCCAGUUUUGGCUGAGAUUUUAAAAUCUUUAUUACGGAUUCUUGCUGCUUUAAAAUCAACAACAUAUUAUCCAUUCAAACUGAUCGACUCUACAGGAAUAGCUUAUACCUUGGAACCACCAUGUAUGACCACUAUCAACUCUGAGCAAGUUUUAUGGCCGGACCAUCUUACUAGCAAUACUCAUUGGUUUCAUACCUACUUUUGUGGAAGGGAUUAUACCACUUUAAUUAUCCCAAUCAAAUCUACUAUUACUUCUACUACUACUUUAUAUGCUAUUGUUACUGGGAUUCAAGAACCAAUGGAUAAUUAUGACAAUGAAUCUAUUCAAUAUCGUUUAAUCAUUCGACUUCCAAAGGAAACAACAAAACGAUAUCUUGUUUCUGAUACACAAGUAAAUGAUUAUCUAGCGAAAAAAGAAGGACGAUCCAAUGACGAUUUACAGAAACCAAUCAAACAACAACGUCGAUCAUUACGAGGUCAUGUUAAUUUCACUAGUAAUGAUUCACAAUAUAAGAUGAUGAAAGCUGCGAUUUUAUCUGUACAACCUGAUUUGGAUAUGACGAAAGCUAUUUGUUUAUCUGCGACUACAACAUCUGCCUGUAAUCUUGAAAAGGAUUUAUUACGUUUGGAUGGAAUAGAGGUCCCUCCUGCUUAUAAAUUUGGUGUUUUAUCCAUCUUGAACAAUCAAACAAAGGAAGAAGAUUGGUUCUCAAAUACUGGAUUAUCAUCCUCUUUUGAUCAAUUUUUGAAUAUCCUUGGAAAUCGAAUUCAACUCAAAGGUUAUAAAGGAUAUGCAGCUGGUCUGGAUACAAAAACUGGUGAAACGGGUGAUACUUCUGUUAUUUCCAAAUGGAUGAAUUAUGAAAUAAUGUUCCAUGUUGCCGCAUUGAUGCCAUUUCGGGAAAAUGACAAACAACAAGUACAACGUAAACGAUAUAUUGGAAAUGAUAUCGUAUGUGUAGUAUUUCUAGAAGGUGACGCUAUCUUUGAUCCCAAGGCAAUUCGAUCCAAAUUCUUACAUGUCUAUAUUGUGGUACGACAAGAAAUAGCCAAUCAAAAACGGAGAUGGAGAAUGGAAGUCGUACGAAAAAGCAAUGUCCCUUAUUUUGGUCCUAUUUUACCGAAUCCACCUUUAUUUUAUGAUGAACAAACUUUACAAAAUUUUUUGACCGUAAAAUUGAUCAAUGCUGAAAAUGCAGCUUUGAAAUGUGAUAAUUUCUCAAUACCAAACAAUCGUGCACGUGCAGGCAUUUUGGAAGGCAUGGUUGAAAAAGGUUUGGCUCAAGAAGAUGAAUCUUUCAAAAAAUCAACAAUGAAACGACAACCAUCGCAAAGAACACCACCAUCAUCAUCAUCAUCUGGCAAUCGAUUGUCACGGGGUUCCCUUCGAAGUAUUCGAUCUAAUCCUGAUAAUACAAUGAACAAUAAGGUUGAAGCACCUCCAUUACCUUCACCCACGCGAUCGACCAUGUUACAAGAUUUAAAAAACUUUGCCUUACGACGAGCACCAACAUUUACACAAAGGUCUUCAACCACCAAGGAACAAUCGAUCCCUGAAGAAGAUGGCAAUGGUGAUGAUGAACAACCUCCUUAUACGAAUUCACUCCCAUCUGCAGCUCCAAAUACGUCUGUUCAUCAACCAACCAAAUCCAACGAUGAUUCUCUUCUUCAAAGAUCCAUCUUAGCAGCCAAAUCCAAAUCUCAAUUAUUCAAAUCAACAACAAACUCACCACCAUCACCUCGACCCAUUGGCACCAGUUCUGUUCAACCUGAUGGACUUCGAUACAAAACUCAAAAUUUGAUGAUUAAUGUUGUCGCAAAACGUUCCUCUACUCGACCUAUGACUCCUACUUUGGCAGAUGGUUCAUCUUAAAAAAUGGCUGGUCCCAUUGGCAUGAUCUCUUUUCUCUUUCUCUCUUUUAUCUUGCCCUUUAUUUUUUAUAUUUCUUUUUAUCCUCUUUGUUUUUACCUUGUAUCUCUCUUUACUUUUUAUUCUCUCUGUGUGCGUGUCUUCUU